AUGCCUUUUACCGGGAGCUGCAUGUGCGGUGGCGUCACUUACGCCGUGGGAGUCGACAAGUAUAUGGCAGCGCUGUGCCACUGCACGGAUUGCCAGAAGUGGACCGGCGGCGGAUUCACCUCCAACGCUGUCGUCCCCCGCACCAGCGUCACCGUGACCAAGGGCACCCCCAGCACCUACGAUAUCACCGGCGACUCGGGCAAGAUCAACAAGCACAUCUUCUGCCCGACCUGCGGCUCGGGCCUGUUCACCGAGCUGGAAAUCAUGCCGGAUAUGACGUGCGUCAAGGCGGGCACGCUGGACGGCGGCGAGGCGAACCUAGGCGGCAAGGUUGAUAUUGAGUUCUACGUGAAGGAUCGUGCGAGUUAUCUCGCCGGUGUCGAGGGUGCGAAGCAGGAGCCUGCUUUUGGUGCCUAG